CUGGGCACUCAGCCAUGUGGGGUGUGAGCUUAAGGGGUCACCCAAAGCUGGACAGAUGGGGCAGCCUGCCCCCUCCCUCCAAACUAGACUCAGCCACUCCUAUCCAACCUAGGCCCAAACAGACCCUUCCUCCAUUGGACAGGGGCUCAGACCCACAUCCACCCUCUGCCUUUCAGAGGGCAGGCGUCCCCAUUCCCAAACCCGACCUCGUGUCCCACAUGGAGCCAUGGGAAGAGCUGCAAGUCCCAGACCCCCAGUGCUCCAAGGAACAGGAGAUGCCAAGAGGCGCCCAAGAAGGUGCCGAGAUCCCGCGUAGAAGCAAGGAAGAGACUUUGCAGCAUGAAAGGGAAGCAGCCAGAUGCAAAGGGAAUGUGUCCUGUAGACCCAAGGGGGGCGAUGGCUGGGUGGAAGGGCAGCAGGAUCCCGGACCUCCGGGUUCCAUUUGCGUGAAGAGUGGCAUGAGCGACGGGUCAGUGGGUGGCACCCCAAGCCCCAUCGCCUGCCCCAUGUGCGGGAAGGGCUUCAGCCGCAGGUCGAACCUCACGAAGCACCAGCGGGUCCACACAGGGGAGCGUCCCUUCUGCUGCACCCAGUGUGGGAAAUGCUUCACUCAGAGCUCCAACCUCUGCCGGCACCAGAGCCUCCAUGCAGCGGGUGAGGGGCCCUGGUCCUGCCCCGAGUGUGGGGAGAGCUUCACAGGGAGCGCGGGGCUGGCCAGGCACCGAAGAACACAUGCUGUAGGGGAGAGAUCCCACUACUGCCACCAAUGUGGGAAAGGCUUUGCUAGCCACUCACUUUUGACCAUUCACCGGCGCAGCCACUCGGGGGAGCGGCCGUUCUCAUGUGCUCAGUGCGGGCGCAGCUUUGACCGCAGCUCCCUACUGGUGGAGCACCAGCGCACCCACACCGGGGAGCGCCCCUACCGCUGCCACCAGUGCAGCCAGGGCUUCACCCGCGCCACCCACCUCAGCCGGCACCAGCUAAUCCACCGUGGCGAGCGACCUCACGGCUGCCCCGAGUGUGGCCGGCGCUUCCGGCUCCGGGCUGCGUUAGUCAAGCACGUGCGGAGCCACACAGGGGAGCGACCUUACAAGUGUGCUGAGUGUGGGGCGUGCUUCGCCAGUGUCUCCUCCCUGGCCCGGCACCGCCGGAGCCACGCCGGUGAGAAGCCCCACCACUGCCCCGAUUGUGGCAAGAGAUUUGGGCAGAGCACUGCCUUCGCUGAGCACUGCCGCACCCACACUGGGGAGCGCCCCUACCGCUGCCUGGAGUGUGGCCGCGCCUUCGCUGGCAGCUCCAACUUCAUCCGGCACCAGAGAAUCCACACCGGGGAGCGGCCCUACCAGUGCCAGGACUGCGGCCGUACCUUCCGGGUCAGCUCCAACCUAGCCAGGCACCAGAGGACUCACCACCUUACUGAGUGUGGAGAUACUCCCUUGCUGGGACGGGCAGGACAGAUGACCUCGGAGAAGAUGGCAUCCCCUGGGGCAUUAUGGGAAUCUCCUGGUUCCCAGCUGGACCAGCCACAGCUCCAUCCUGAGUGCCUAUCCCAGGAGGAGGAGGGAAAGGGUGAACUAGCAAGACCCCACUCUGAGCUGCUCUGUAUCACCAAAGAGAAACCCCAGCCUCUCGAGGAAACAGGACACCAACGUGAGCUUCCUUGUGACAUAAAAGAGGAGCCCCUUGAAACGGCUGUUGACAGGACGCUGAGCAAGGAAGAUGCCAACACUGUAGGGACGUUCCAUUCUGCCCACAGCUCCCUGUGCCCAUUCCCCCUCUGGGAGAACCUGGCAGACUCCACUGGCUGUGGGGACGAGGUACUCAGGGAUCCCACUGCUAACCCCCGGCAGGACAAGAAGCCCUUCCGGUGCAAUAAAGAAGAGGUGUUUGGGGAUCUCACUCCUGCCCCUCCGCUGGAUGAGGUGCUUGGAGAUCUCACCUCUGCCCCCCAGCCAGCCGAGAAGCCAUUCCGAUGCAGCGAGUGCGACAAGACCUUUGGGCAGAGCUCCCACCUGCUGCAGCACCAGAUUACACACACCGGGGACCGUCCCUACCAGUGCCCUGACUGCGGCAAGCGCUUCAGCUGGAGCUCAGCCCUGUGCCAGCACCAGCGCAUUCACCGCGGGGAACGCCCCUACCAGUGCGCUGACUGCGGCAAGCGCUUCGCCCAGAGCUCCAACCUGACCACGCACCGGCGCACCCACACAGGCGAGAAGCCCUACCGCUGCCCACAGUGCGGCCGCAGUUUCAGCCAGAAUGCCAACCUGCUGACCCACCAGCGGGUGCACGCAGGGGUCAAGCGCCACGAGUGCCCCCAGUGCGGACGGGUCUUCGUGGAGCGCUCGUCCCUGCUCAAGCACCAAGGUGUGCACUUGGCAGAGAAACCAUACCAGUGCCCCGAGUGCGGGCGCAGCUUCACACAGGGCUCCACACUGGCCCAGCACCUCCGCAUCCACACCGGUGAGAAACCAUACCAGUGCGGUGAGUGCGGGAAGUGCUUUGGGCAGAGCUCGGCCCUGGCCCAGCACCGCCGGGCCCACACAGGUGAGAGAUCCUACCAUUGCCACCAAUGCGGCAAGGCCUUCAGUCAGAGCUCCAACCUCAUCACUCACCAGGCCUCACACACUGGUGAGCGGCCUUACAAGUGCCCGGACUGCGGGCGCGCCUUUGGGCGCAGCGCCCAUCUGGUUACCCACCAGCGCACUCACACUGGGGAGCGACCCUACCGCUGCCACCAAUGCGGCAAGGGCUUCAGCCAGAGCUCUACCUACAUCCAGCACCAGACCACCCACACCGGUGAGCGCCCGUACAAGUGCCCGCAGUGUGGCAAGGCCUUUAGCCAGAACUCCAACCUGCUCACCCACCAGCGCAUCCACACCGGUGAAAAACCUUACCGCUGCCACCAAUGCGGCAAGAGCUUCCGGCAGAGCUCAGGCUAUCUGCAGCACCAAAGGACCCACACAGCCUCGCAGCCCUCCACCACACCCACAUAAUGGUGCUCGCCGUGGGGACUAUGAGUCUAACAUCACACGCCUCCAAUGUUUGUGCUAACUCAGACACAUGAUGGGAAUUACAAACCACAAUACAUUGCCCAGCCAACAGAGGGCAGCAGAGGAUUACACACAAUUGGACACGCACCUGCCUCUCCUGCUUGGGCUAAAGCAGCGACACGGUGGACUCAUCGAUGGAUCUGGAUGGUUUUCCAUUUCAUGGGAAAUCCUGUGAUUUUUUGGGGGGGG